AUGAAACACCAUAGCACGUCAGCCAAACCAGUCGAGACUUCUACUGGCUCAAAGAAGACCAAGAAGACAAAGCCAGCUCAGGGUACAAAGGUCAUUGCACCCAAGAAGGCAGUACCCGUCCUCAUUGGCAAACCCGACGGUCCCGUUCAACCCGAUGAGGAUGUCGAUGCUUACUCAACCAAGAUUGGCGGUCUUCCUGUAUGGCUCAACCCUGAUCAGCCACCUUCUGUAAAGGCAUGCACCUGUCAAGUAUGUGGCAGUUUUAUGUACUUGAUAUUCCAAGGCUAUGUUCCCCUACCAGAUUCACCUUAUCAUCGGGUUAUAUAUGUCUGGGCAUGCAACAAACGCGAGUGUAUGAGAAAAGAUGGAAGUUUCUCGGUAAUUCGAUCACAUCUGGUAGAUCCCGGUUACUUAAAAACCCUUAGACAAAAAGAAGCCAAGAAAAAGGCUGAAGAAGAGGCCAAGGCCAAGGCCAAGGCUAACCAAAAGCAACCUUUUGGCGUACCUGCUGGGUUCCAGUUGGGAGAUCUCUGGGGUGCAAGCUCGUCUUUUUCGACCUCAAACGCAAACGCAAACUCAAACUUAAGCCAACCGACAGCAGGUUUUGGACAAUCAGCCAACAAAACACCAAUGUUUGGAGCAUUACCUGCUGUUUCGAAACCUACAGAAACAUUGGCCGAAAAACUGUCCAAGAUGUCUAUCCAACCAAAACCGCCCGUCAAGGCAGCAGAACCCAAGAAACUAGAUGAGAUUACUAAUCCUGUGGAUGUUUCGGUCCUACCUCAUUUCCCUGGUCACUAUCUCUACAUCGCAGACGAAAAUACGGAGAGCUAUGAGACAUUAGGGCUUGACAUGAGCCGAUACCAACAAUAUAUUGAUAUGGAGGCUGAGAUUUUGGCUAUGAAUGAUGAAGAUAGUAAUGCCGCUGCUGAGGAAGGAGGUACUUGGGCAGGAGAGACCUACGAAAAGCAGGCAUUACCGAGGGGAGUGGACAAGGAGUUCAAGAAGUUUACCGAGAGAGUGGCGUGCGAGGCCAAUCAGUGUGUGCGCUAUGACUGGCAAGGCACGCCCUUGUUCUAUAGUAAAUUACAACCAGCUCAACAACAAAUGGCAUCAAGGCCCUGUGGUCUGUGUGGCGCACCACGGAUAUUUGAGUGUCAGUUGAUGCCGACCAUUCUGUCACUGUUGCCUACUACAGAAUAUGCCGAACGUGAUCAAGUGCCAGAUCCAACUGCCAAAAAAGUUGACCGGUGGAGUAUUGGAAUGGAAUUCGGUACUCUAUUAGUGUAUGUAUGUUCAAAAGAUUGCCACCCAACAGAUGUAGAACAGCCAUGUCACAUUCCAGAAGUAGCCAUUGUUCAGUAUGAAACAGAUUAA